UUUUAUUUUGGAUCGAUAUUUAUCUAUGAUCCUUGGGUUUCCUGUGUGAAACCAAGACCAUCGGAAUUUCUAUCCCCAGUUUUCGCGCGGUAGUUGCUAUGAAAAACAGGACGCGUACUUGACAACGAGCAGUUGAAUGGCCCAACGUGACAACAAACAUUCGAACACUUGAUCUACAACAUGGAGGAACAAGAACGAAGCAAAGAAACCACAGAACAAGAAAAACAGACUGCCAAACAAAGCAGAGACAAAAGCCGAAUUGAACAACUCGCCAAGCCAAAACCGGUUCCUCAAGGUUUUCUAGAAGACAGGCGCUCUGUGUAUUGGGAUAACAACUUAGCUAAAGACUGGUCAAAUAUACAAGCUACGACUCCAGCUUUAAGUGAACGACAAGCUGAACUAUGCAAAAGCAAAAGCAUGCAUAAAGACUAUGUUGGUGACAGACCCACUCCUAUCUGGACUGUCAGUGAGGCCGCAAAGUCCGCAUCAGCCACCGAACGUGUGGAGACGCUAGCCAACCCAAAGUCUACUCCUAAAGAUUACGAGCCAUGCCGACAGGUUCAAAGCAUAGUCAGCGAAGCUGCGCAGAAUGCAACCCCUUCGGAACGAAUCGAGAUGCUCGCGAAAUCAAAGUCCUAUGCACCUUUGAAUAUCAAACCCAACAGUGAGUGGGAUUGGAGCGAAUGGGAGUCUGACCUCACCGAGGCAGCAAAACUCGCAAACUGCUCGGAGAGGGUUUCGACGUUAGCAAAUCCCAAAGCCCCACAUAGGAGUUACAAAGACGCAAGACCGGUGAUUUGGGAGGUAUCGGACACUGCAAAGAAGGCCCUCCCGUCGCUAAGAGUACAGCAACUCGCACGGCCUAAAAGUAGAAGUCAAUAUAAUGAAGAUUACGAUGCGAAUGCUUGGAAAGUAUCACCCGGAGCAAAAGUAGCCCAAGCAACACCGCGGAUUGCCGAGUUGGCCGCGCCUAUACCGAGAAAAGUGCGCUCGAAAAAAGUCGGUGUUUCAUAAUGCAAAAGAAUUCACCCUUUAAUUUAUGAUCAACUUUCUGAUCCAGUGUGGGUUCGGGAAGUUUUGAAAUUCUUGUUGGAUUUAACCGUUCGUUAUUUUUGAAAAUGUGGAAGAAAAUAAUAUUAUAUUUUGUCAUGAUGUCGAAAUCGUCAAGAUCUUUGGAAAAUUGUAAAAGUUUUAGAACACGUAAUUGAGUUUAAUGCACAAAAUCAAAUAAAGCAUCCUUAUAUAUGGAUA